AUGUUCACCUUCAAACGGGCCUUGUUGACGGCCGUCGUCGUACUGGCCUUCUUCAUAUUGCUCAGGGGAUCACAAUCGCAACCAACGGCAGCUGCCUUUAAUGUCAAUUCGCCAAAGCCAACCGGCUCAUAUUCAGAAAACCGCAAAAUCCAGAUCCAACCACCAGCGGCCGCAAUGGCCUCGCGACCAGCCACAUCUCAGAGCUCGACGACGCCGGCCGUCGCCGAGGAAUUGAAGGCAGAGAGCAACUACAAGAAAGAGCGUCCGCAAAUAUCCCUGCAAGAUCUGCAUGCUAUGCCGUUACGACAGCAGCUGGCCUACCAAUUCCCUUACGACCCAGAGAGCAAGUUCCCUGCUUACAUCUGGCAAACCUGGAAGACGACUCCUGCGUCUGGUGACUUUGAGGAAGACUUCCGUCCAGGCGAGGCUGCUUGGUCAGAGCUGCACCCUACCUUUGUUCACGAGGUCAUUACCGACGAUGUCGCCGCCCACCUGAUCCGCCAUUUGUACGCCGCCGUACCCGAUGUUGUAGCUGCCUACGAUGCCAUGCCCGUCCCCGUGCUCAAGGCCGAUUUCUUCCGCUACCUGAUUCUACUGGCAAGAGGAGGCAUCUACUCAGAUAUCGAUACACGCGCCCUCAAGAGUGCCACCGAAUGGGUGCCCUCAGACGUACCGCGCUCCAGCUACGGCAUGGUCAUUGGCAUUGAAGCCGACCCAGACCGUCCGGAUUGGCAUGAUUGGUACUCGCGUCGUAUUCAAUUCUGCCAAUGGACAAUCCAGUCGAAACCCGGACACCCCAUCCUCCGCGACUUGGUGGCCACCAUUGCUCACGAAACCCUGCGUCGCAAGGAAGCUGGCAAACUCACAAAGUCAAGCAUUGAUUCAAUUGUCGAGUUUACUGGUCCCGCCAUCUGGACCGAUGCUGUUUUCGCCUUUUUCAACGACCCCGACUACUUUGACAUGUCAACGAGUAAAGGCAACAUUUCUUGGGAACAUUUCACCGGCAUCACUCAAGCCAAGAAGGUCGGCGAUGUUGUUGUUCUGCCCAUCACAAGUUUCAGCCCUGGUGUUGGACAAAUGGGCGCUGGCGACGAUGACGACCCAAUGGCCUUCGUGAAGCACAACUUUGAAGGCUCCUGGAAACCCGAAAGCGAACGCCACAUUGGCGAAUCAUAG